AUGUCAAACUCCUUUUUCGAGCGGGCCAACCCGCCUCCGCGGCGGAAAACCUGUGUAGCUUGCACCAAAGCCAAGCGCCGCUGCGACCACGGCCAACCCGCAUGCUUGCGGUGCUCGCGGCGGAAGAUCGACUGCGUCUACCCCGAUCAACCGGCGGCGGCCAGAUCGAGAGCCCGCGCUGUCAAUAAUACUCCGCAAAGUGUCUAUACCCCGUUACCCAAGGACAACUCGGAUAGCACAUUGGAUGAUGUUCUUGUUCCGGCCGGACCCGAUGGUUUGACACCUUCAUACGAUUCGGUGAUCCCCUGGUCACAGGGCCCGGAUCUUCUUCCACUGGACCUGGGCGAGCUGGAAGAUAUCACCUUGGAUAUGGGCUUUGAUGACUUGAUCAAUCCCAAUGCCCUUCUUGACGGAGUGAUGUCCAUCCCUGUCGCCAUGUCACCAAAUCCAGACCGGGAGCUGGUGUCGGCACAUGGCCGACCGGCCCAUACCACCCUCGAGGAGAUGAUUGCCACCCGGCUGCAGUAUGCCCUCGACACGAUCAAAACAGCACCCUCGCUCAUGGUCCUGGAGAACCAAGUACCGUGGUGUCACAAAUAUCUGUACCGGACUCACAUGCCACGGGAGAUGCAGGUCUUGAAAACCAUCCAGGCCAGGGCUCACGAGAUCCUCGCCGCACCUCUUCCAAAGGAACGACUGGACAUCCUCGCCCGCAUCCAAGCCAUCCUCCUCUACCAAAUCAUCCGCCUCUUCGACGGCGACAUCCCCAUGCGGGCCUCAGCCCAUCACAGCCUCCACGCCCUCGAACCCGCACUCGACGCCCUCCUUCCCUUCGUCAAAUGGGUUCCCUCCCAACCCACGACGGGCCCGGCCGAGGACCAGACCAUGUGUCCGACCAAGGACUUCUUCCACGAAUGGAUCUUCCAGGAGUCCGCCCGCCGCACCAUGUUCCUCUCCUGUUUCUUCCUCGUCGCGUACCAGAUGCUCGUCGGGAACGAGUCGCCCAUCUGCUGCGAGGAUAGGUAUCUCUUCUGCCAGUCUUGGACCUUGUCGGCUCACCUCUGGCAGGCGUCGAACGUGGUCGAGUUUGCCGUUGCUUGGAGGGAGAAGCGGCACUUCGUCAUCAACAAGCAGUCUUUUACAGAGGUUUUGAGGGAGGCGUCUGCUGAUGAUGUUGAUUUGUUCGGCAGGAUACUGAUGUCUGGGGCUCUGGGUAUUGAGGAGACGCGGCUGUGGUUUUAUAACAGAGGUGGGAUUUUGUGA